AGUGCACAAAGCGAUGAGCAGGUGGAGAGCUGGAAAGUACCAGGCACUCUAUAAUAGCCAAUUUAGUUGACUUGGUGUUAGGUUAGAACAAAACGUGAUUCUGCACAGCCGUCAAGUACAGCUUAAAAAGUAGCUCAGCCUCUUCUUUCAAACCGUGAAGUCCUCCUGCAGGUGAUUGUUUAGGGCUAUGCAGCUCCUUCCCUCCCAUCACACUGACAAACAGGAUGUCAUGUGACCUGGUUAUCAGUCGGGGAAACACAAUAUAGGAUAAGUCGCAGAUUCAAUUGGGCGAACAGGGCACCUUUCCUCCCCUGUGAGCCGUGUAACCAAUGGCAGCCUCGGUCCAGACACUUCCUCGACCUAGUAAAAACUUCCAAAGCCCAUUCCCAGCGCCGUCCUUUUCACCCCGCUACAACAUGGGAAGUGUCGGCAGUCUGGUGGAGAGGCCCGACGUGUCUCCUACGAAAGUGAACCAGGCCGUUCCCCAGGUGAGGCCCAAACCGUCCAAUGGCCUACUAAAAAAAGGUUUCACCCAGAGAGAGCUUCUCAACUACCUCAACAUCCCCAGAAAAGAGCCCAAAGCCAACCAGAGGAGUGGCUCCAACAAGGACAUCAUCGCCUCUGUCGGCGCGCAUAAGGAAGAAAACCUGUAUGCUAAGGUCUUCCACAAAGAUGGCACAGAGAUUGAUUUGACAAAGAACUCACUGCCAAGUGGGAGCAAGUAUGAAAAGGCUCACUUUAGGUCAUCUGCCUUCAUACCUGUCACUCCCAAAAACUUCAGUUCCAUGCAGAACCUGUGUCCAUCUUCCAAAUCAGAGAACCAGGUGGACCACGGGCUAUCUAAUGGGCUGCACAAAGCCUACGCCCAUGUCUCUAAAACUAUGUCCAGUUCCUCUUCCUCAUCGUCGCCCUCUCGUCACGGAGGGUCAAUCACUGGUAACAAGGCUCCUUCUUCCAUGCGCAAGACGAGCCAGGAGGAUGACAACCUGUCGGACUCGGGCCAUAACUCCAUGAGCAGUCUGCCGCCGUAUCGCCCCUCCUUUCGCCCAAACCUGGCUCACAUCAGCGCAUCUAUGGGCCACAUCAAUACUAUCGGCUCCCUGGACCGCACCUCUAUUAGCGCCAAAGCAGUUGGGUCAGGAGGCGGAGCCUUAGGGGAAACGCCAUGUCGGAGCAUGGCAACCCUCAGCCGCCUGGUGCCAUAUGGAGGGGAGGCUCCACCUCCUUAUGACUGGACCCUCUCCGUGUCUGUAGAGGAAGUGGUGCGGGAUCUGGAGGAGCGGCUGGUGGAGAAAGAACACGAGCUGAAGCAGAUGAGAAGAAACCUGGAUGAGAGCGAGGGCGCCAUCGCUCAGGUGUUUGAAGGCAAACAGCGUCUGUGGGAAAACGAGGUGGAGGAGCUGAAGCGCCUCUACGCUGCCAAGCUCCGGCAGGUUUCCCAGCAUGCCCAGCGAUCCCAGCAUGGUUUCCAGGUGCAGCUCUACAAGGUCCAGCAGGAGAAGAGCCGACUGCAAGAAGAGCUUGAGGGGCUUAAAAGAAGCCAGGAGGGCGGAAUCAAGGAGAAGCCAACUAGUCCGACCCUAGAGGAGACACAAUGGGAGGUUUGCCAGAAGUCUGGAGAGAUCUCCUUGCUCAAGCAGCAGUUUCGAGACUCUCAGGCUGAGGUGACCCACAAGCUGAGCGAGAUCUUCCAGCUCAAGACGCAGCUCCGGGAGACCCGCCUGGAGCUGCGCAACAGGGACAGCCAGGUAGAUGCGCUGAAGCUCAUCUUGCAUGGUUCCCAGCGUCACAGAAGACCCUCUCAGAGCACCAGCGACCACGGGAAAGGAGAUGAGAGCGUUUCGACUGGGGCAACAGGAGGGUCUGUAGGCCCGACAGAAGAGCGUCUGCGCGCCGAGCUACUACUGGAGCGGCGCCAGAGUGAGGCUCAGGCCGCGGCUUUCGAGGAGGAGAGGCAGACAUGGCAGACAGAGAAGGACAAGGUCAUCCGCUACCAGAAAGAGCUGCAGGCCAGCUAUUUAGAGAUGUGCCACCACAACGCAGAGCUGGAGAGGGAGGUGCAGCAGUUGAGAGCCGGCCAAGAGAAAGGAGAAGGAGGAGGAGGGGGGAGCAGAGACGGGACUUUGGAAAGAGAAGAGCAAGAGCUGAGGAGCAAAAUGGUAAAACAAGAGGACAGUCCACCCUGUGGUUUGCCAUGGAUUGACAGAAUGGAAUCCUCUGAAAUUUGAACAUGACGAUGAUGAGGCAGGCUGUGAGCAAAAGUUAGAAUAGGAAAACUUUUAGAUUCAAGUUAUAUUACGUGGCAACCAUGAUUGUACAAUUCCAAUGAAGCGGAGACGUUGUGUAAAAUGUAAAUAAAAACAGAAUACAAUCAUUUGCAAAUCCUUUUCAAAAUAUUGUAUAUUCAAUUGAAUACACAGCAAAGACAAGAUCCAUCCAUCCAUCCAUUUUCAACACCGCCAUGCUGUUGUAACAUGUGGGUUGGCAUUGUCUGAUUGAAAUAAGCAGGAACGUCCCUGAAAAAGACGUUUCUUGGAUGGCAGCAUAUGUUAUGUGUUUUUUGAGAAUUCCUCAACUUUCCCAGUCUUUUGUUGCCCCUAUCUGAGCUUUUUGGGAAUGUGGUGCAAACAUCAAAUUAAAAAUAAAAGAAUAUUUGCAACAACAAAAAAAUAAUAAUAAUCCAUCCAUCCAUUUUCUGAACCGCUUAUCCUGAAGCGGGUCGCGGAAGUGCUGGAGCCUAUCCCAGCUAACGUUAAUAAUGAUAAUGUUUAUUUGUUUGAACAUUAAAUAUCUUGUCUUUGUAGUGUAUUCAAUUGAAUAUAGGUUGAAAAUAAUUUGCAAAUCAUUGUAUUCUGUUUUUAUUUAUUUUGUACACAGUGUCCCAACUUGAUUAGAAUGGGGGUUUCUUCUCACCAAUCUAAGAUCUUCUUCCAUGAGGUGCUAACCUCCGCCAAUUCUCAACAAUCCACAUUGAAUCAGCAACACACUGCACACUACCUUUUUAGAUACCUGUGUACCUCCUUCAUAUGUUCUGGGAUUUUGUCAUUACAAUUCAUGCAUUAUCCACUAUAAAUAUAAGGAAAUUGUGGAUAUGAGUACUAUACUUCUGGCAUGAUAUUGCUCCAUAUACUCUUUGGGAGAGGUAAAACUUUGACAUUAAAAAAAGGAAAAAUACUGAAUAUUUCUACUUUUAAAUCACAGCCUUUCUAUUUUGUUGAUUGGAACGAAACAGUCUGAAACAACAGAAGACAGAAUUAUAAUCCUGCAGUAUACAGUAAGUCUUCCUAAAUGUGAAUCUGUACAUAAACAAAUGAUUGUUGUGAGAAAUGUUGUUGUUAUUCUACCUUUGUUGUACAGUUUUGACAAUAACCAAAGGAUUUUCAAGGGAUUUAGUUAGGGCCUGAAAAGCUUUUCCGGAUUCAGGGAGAAAAGCUGCAUGCUGAGGUUCGGUAUCAACAAGAACUGAUGUUUGGUGCCAAGAUUUAAUACUUUUUUUUGUGAAAACAGCCACUACGUAUUAAACAGAUUAUGUUGAAAGUGUAUUUUAUUUCUCAGUUUCAUGCCCGAUUGAUAUAUUUUGUAAAUAACUGGAUUGUCUUUCACAUCACUGUACUCCAAGCACACCAUUGAUAUUUCUUUCUAUUUAUGACACUGCCCUGCUUAAUGAUAUGAUUUGUUGUACUCUUCUGAACAAAAAUCCAGUGCAUGAUGAACUAUAUUUUUUACACAUAAAAGCAUUCAAAAGCCA